GUGAACGGGCGGCUGCCUGUCACUGCUGCAGAGCAGAUGGGUGGGUUCCUUAAACGGAAAGUAUGAGUCCCACCCAUUUUACUUAAGUACAGUCAAAACGGCGGCUGGUAAAAGAAAUAGUUCCUCCAGGAAGAGACUGAAAGCAGACCAUAAACCAUGAGCUACCCUGGAUACCCACAGCAGCCUGGGGCCUACCCUCCACAACCUGGUGCCUACCCACCUCAGCCAGGGGCCUACCCUCCGCAAGUUGGAGGCUACCCCCAACAGCCAAGCGGCUAUCCUCCUCAGGCUGGUGGCUAUCCUCCUCAGGCUGGUGGCUUCCCUCCUCAGGCUGGUGGCUACCCUCCUCAGGCUGGUGGCUAUCCUCCACAAGGUGGUGGUUAUCCUCCUCAGGCUGGUGGUUAUCCUCCUCAGGGUGGUGGCUAUCCUCCUCAGGCUGGUGGCUAUCCUCCACAGGCUGGAGGCUACCCACAAGCACCACCACAAGGUAGUUGGGGAGGUGGCCCUGCUGGCGGAUAUCCCACCAUUGGUCUUGGCAACUUAUCCAACCCUGGAUACAAUGCUGGCAUGGCCAACCAGAUCACUGCAGGCAUGGGUGGUUUUACUCAAAACCCAUCCAUGUUCGCCCAAGCCUCUGGGGGGUACCCACCUGCUCCUCAGCCUAGUGGGUAUGGUGCCCCCUUUCCUAACCAACAGUCAUAUGGCCUGUACCCACAGCCAGGAGGGAACAUGCAACAACCCCAAGGCCCAGGGAUGGCCUACCCUGGUCAGCCUGGGCAGCCAAUGCCUGGUUAUGGAGGAGCACCAGCACCUAUGCCAGGUUACCCUAAGGUCCCUUCACCAAAUCCUUCCAUGCCAGCCUACGGAGGAGGAGGAGGAACCAUGCCAAUAGCUCCAGCUGUCAAUAGAGGAUUCAGGGGAACAAUCAAGGACUUUCCUGGAGCUGACCAACUUAGAGAUGCAGAGGUCCUGAGGAAGGCCAUGAAGGGCUUUGGAACUGACGAGCAAGCCAUCAUCGAACUACUGGGCAGUCGCUCCAAUAGGCAGCGUGUGCCUUUGCUCCGAGCCUACAAAACAGCCUACGGGAAGGAUCUGAUUAAGGACCUACACUCGGAACUGUCUGGAGACUUCAGAAAGCUGGUCAUGGCCACGUUGAAGACCCCAACUGAGUUGGAUGCUUCCGAGCUCCACUUUGCCAUAAAGGGAGCUGGAACCGAUGAAGCCUGCCUCAUAGAGAUCUUGUCUUCUCGCUCCAACGCUGAAAUCAAGGAGAUAAACCGUAUUUUCAAACAAGAAUACAAGAAGUCCCUGGAGGACGCCAUUAGUGGGGAUACUUCAGGCCACUUCCGCAGGCUCCUGAUCUCUCUCGCACAGGGUAAUCGUGACGAGCGGCCGAAUGUCGACAUCUCUCUGGCUAAACAAGAUGCUCAGGCCCUGUAUGCUGCAGGAGAAAACAAGCUUGGAACAGACGAGUCCAAGUUUAAUGCUAUUUUGUGUGCUCGGAGCAAACCCCAUCUCAAAGCAGUGUUUCUUCAGUACCAGCAGAUGUCUGGCAGGGAUAUCGAGAAGAGCAUCAACAGGGAGAUGUCCGGAGACCUUGAGAGUGGCAUGUUGGCAGUGGUGAAGUGUAUUAAGAACACAAAUGCCUAUUUUGCUGAGAGACUUUACAAGGCCAUGAAGGGAGCUGGGACCAAAGACACAACCCUGAUCCGGAUCAUGGUCUCCCGCUCCGAGGUUGACAUGCUGGAUAUUCGCCAGGAGUAUGUCAAAAACUACGGCAAGUCACUGUACACGCACAUUUCUGGAGACACAUCUGGAGACUACAAGAAACUCCUACUGAAGUUCUGUGGGGGCAGUGACUGAGAAGGAAACAGUGACUACUACAUUAUAGAAUUGUUCUAUAAAUAUCUGUUCCCUGCCUUAUCUAUAUGCACUAUAGCUUAACUGCAAACCUGCAUGCCAUGCCAGUACUCGCAAUGCAAUGAAUCUAGUAUAUAUUGCUAUGUUUUGUUUCUUUUCUAAAUAUAUUAUGCACACAAAUGUUCUAUAUUUUUUCACUGGUGAUAUCUUUGCUGGAUAUUUGGGUUUAAUAUACAUGACCAUACAAUAGAUUUCAAACAAAUUAAAUUAGAGUUCUUAUAUUUUUAAGAUGUUUUAUAUCAAUUCUGCCAAUAUUUGCAGAUAUCUAAUGAUCUCUGCCGCGUUUAUCAGCUAAUUUUGUAAUGUUCAGCAAUGCUGAAUAAAGUGAAAGACAUACAUAGCAGCUCAGUACCAACAUUGUUUGUUCAUGUUUACAAUUGCAUAAUCUAUUCUAUAUUUUGUUUUCCCUCUUUUUUCAUUCAUCAUUGUUUGCAUCAGAUGCUUUUAUUAGUGUUUUUACUCUUAGUUCCUGUUAUUGUAGCAUGUAAAACUCAAGCAUCACAUUUGUUGGUGAUUGUAUCUUUUUGAGUCUCACAAAAUAAAUAUUGAGUGCUCACGCUGGAA